CAGUGGUCUCCCCGGCGACUGCUGUUGAGUGUGCGGCAGCAGCGGGAGCCAGAAGGUGCCUGGAAGGGAGCCUAAAGUGGGCAUUUGGUGAGGUCUGUGGUUUCAGAAGCACUGCUGCAGCCAUGGUCCCGAUCAAGGUGGGAGAUGCCAUCCCAUCGGUGGUGGUGUUUGAAGGGGAGCCUGGGAACAAGGUGAACCUGGUAGAGCUGUUCAAAGGCAAGAAGGAGGUGCUGUUUGGAGUCCCUGAGGCCUUUACCCCCAGCUGUACCAAGACCCACCUGCCAGGGUUUGUGGAGCAGGCCGGAGCUCUGAAGGCCAAGGGAAUCCAGGUGGUUACAUGUUUGAGUGUUAAUGAUGUUUUCGUGACUAAAGAAUGGGGACGAGCCCACAACACGGAAGGCAAGGUUCAGCUCCUGGCUGACCCCACUGGGGUUGGGAAGGAGAUAGGUUUGUUACUAGAUGAUUCAUUGGUGUCCCUUGGGAAUCAACGGCUUAAGAGGUUCUCCUUGGUGAUAGAGGAUGGCAUAGUGAAGUCCUUGAAUGUGGAGCCCAAUGGCACAGGCCUCACCUGCAGGCUGGCCCCCCAAAUCAUCUCACAGCUCUGAGGCCACAGACCCAGAAGUGCUCCUUCGACCUUCCCUAUUUCAUCUGCCCACCCCUGGGCAGGGGGCCUUAGCCCAGCUUCAACUGGGGUCACCUAGUUGGAACCUUGGCCAGAUUUCUGCAAUAAACGCUUCUGGUUUAAAAAAAAAAAAAA